CACUGCAUUUCAGCACUAUAGAGACUUUCCUCCCUUGGACAGAUGGCCCCAAGCACUGUUUUUAUGGAGCACAACAACCUGCUGACGCCAAAAGAGAAAAACAAACUGAGGAAGCCGGUGGUGGAGAAAAUGCGCCGGGAUCGCAUUAACAGCAGCAUCGAGCAGCUGAAAGUCCUGCUGGAGAAGGAGUUCCAGAGACACCAGCCCAACUCCAAGCUGGAGAAAGCUGACAUCCUGGAGAUGACUGUCAGCUACCUGAAGCAGCAGAGCCAGCUACAGAUAAAGACUGUGGGAGCCUUCCAUAAAAACUCACAGUUUGACUUCAAGGAAGGCUACUCCAGGUGCCUGCAAGAAGCCUUCCACUUUCUGUCUCUCCAUAAAGUCCAGAUUGAAAUGCAGACCAAGCUCCUGAGCCACUUCCAGAAGGGUCAGAUUGUUGCUCCCGAGAGCGUCUCCCCCCACUCCAACCAGAACACCCCAAAGCAAGUGUCUUUGAAAAACAGCGGCACUCUCUGGAGACCCUGGUAGACUGGACUCUCAGGACAUUUGCCUUUCUUAUUCCAGAGGAAGGAGGUGACUGCAUCUGACAGUCCAGUCCUGAUCCUCUCAACUGUAGGGAAUAUUAUUUCCCCUGUUUUUUAUUUAUGUAUGGAAAGAAUGGAAUACUUGUGACUCUCCAGGCUCAUAUGGGAUCCUCGGGAAAGUGUUCAUGUAUUCUGUUGAGUGGUAUUGAAGCUGUGCAGAUGUCAGCAAUAGCAGGGCACAGCAAGGCACCCCAUUUGGGGGCACGUGUCUUCAUAAUGAAGGAGGUUUUUGUAGGUGAUUAUAUGUUGUCAGUGUUACAGUCAUGGUGAAAUUGUAACAGAUAGCAGUUGCCAUAGGAGAGCACUCUGAUUUUUUUUUUUUUGCCUGUAAAAGCUUUCCUCUUUCCUCCCCUUGCCUUGUUUACCCACUCAUUCAUAAUGUAGGAUGAAUCCACUAACUUGGUGUUGGUGCACAGUGUUCCAAAUCUCACUUUCUCUGUCUGAUUGCAGCUUGUACAGCAGCCAAGAUAAUUUCAUAGCUGCCACUCUCCCCUUGUUUCACUCAUUAGGACUAGACAGGGCCAUUAGAUAAAAGUAUGUGGAGUAUUUCUACCAUUUGCUGCUUUUUUCUGUUUAGGAAAAUGAUGCCUUAAUGCUUUAUAUUAAAGAGAAAAGAAUGUACAUGUGACGUUUGGUGGUUCAAUGUUAUACAUUUUGACUGUAAGAUUUGCUCUUUCCUUGUGUUCAUUAUUACAAUGGACUAUUCUCUACUGAGCAGUUUCAUUCACUGUGGAUGGUGUGUUUCUCCCGCUGCUGGGACCGGCCACGUGGGCUGUUUGCAUACUGUGUAUGCAUCUGUAUCACCUGUAUGUGUAGAAAGCAAUAAAAUUGAAUUUGCAUGCAA